AUGUUUGGCUCUUGGGAAGAAGGAGGUGGAAGGUGCUCACCUGGGAGGAGAAUCGCACCACAACACUACAUAGAAGAAGCAAGAACAUGGGCAGUGGGGCUCGGCGGUGGAGAUGAGAUCGUAGGGAGAUGGCCUGUAAGCGGUGGCGAUUCGGGGGAUGUGGAGCAGAGUGGACUGGCUCGCAAAAAUAUUACACAAAACGAGGUUGUAGUAGAGGAAAGUGAGUGCGUGGAUAAAACAAGUGGGUGGAGAGAUCGGAGAGCAUUUAUGUGGUGCGCAAGAACCGGAUGCGCAGCCCGAUUUGAAACACCUCGGCUGAGGAGGCCGAAGCUCCACGCUGCUGACCAGUUCAUAGCCGCUCUCUUUGUUAGCUGA